AUGGGCAACGCAUACACGAUUGAACUGCCCCGUAAGAUGCGUACGCAUCCUCCGUUUUACGUCGGUCGUCUCCGCCCGUACUAUCAGCAUGAGCCUGUUUUGAUAUGCGAAGAACACCUCCGCGGUCGAGAGCCGAGACCACCUUCGAGUAGUCCGGUUUCAACGAGCCAGUCUGUUCGACUAGCGAAGCGACCUGCUCAAGCAGUUAAGCUAUGUCUCGACGAGCUACAGCCAGCUCAUCACGAAGAGAACGAGUCGAACGUUCGUUCUCAAGUUGAAAAACGCAAAUGCGGCACGAUCGUCCGAAAGAUUGUGCGCUACGGAAUUGCUAUUAUCCUUUACAAGAACAUGGAGUUCAUAACUCCGAGUACGGUCAUGAGCCAGGUCAUCCUGCAACUGUUCCGCUACACGGUUCAGCUCUUGAACAUCAAGAUGAUCCGACCCUCGAGCAGGAUGAAGCGUAUUUUGAACCACCACGAUGUGAAUGGCGUCCGGACGAGUUACGUCGUCCGCUGGCGUGGCUAUCCACCGGUGAGGGACAGCUGGGAGCCUCGUGCCCAGCCGAUUGUUGAUGUCCUUGGUCUCGUCGAGCAAUACGACGAGACCCACCCGCUGCUUUUGAAGAAGGGCCGUCGGAAAAUGACCUCCCCGAACGCGAGUACAGGGAUCGCAAGGUUUCAAUCCCUUAGGCCAUCUCAGAAGAGAUGCGCGCCCUCCAGUAGGGAACAUAAGGGAGGUUGA